CCAAACCCAAAUAAAAUUGUAGGGGCAAAAACUUAAAAAAAUAACAUAAAGAAAAGAAGAAGAAGAAAUCUCCAUUGCAGGACAAACAAGAUGAAGAGGCAGCAGGAAGCAGGAGAAAACACGAAGACGGCGACGGCAAUGAUUCCCAUGCACAGCCAAGUGAGAAAGAUCCGACAAGAAAUCGAGAAAGUCAAACGACCGUCGUUGGAUCGGGUGACGGCGACGAGGCCCCAUGUUUUCCGGGAAGAUAUGACUGCCUCCGGCGGCGGCCGCCAGCAGCGGUCGAGAUCUCCUCUUGGGUUGGCUCAAAGGCCGGUAGCCGUUGGUAUUAACUGCUCACUAGAUAUAUACUAAGUAGAUCGAACAAGACAGUUUGUUCUUUGUAGUUAUAUUUAUCGACUUCGACCGCUAAUCAUUCUUAUUAUAAUAUGAAUAAUCAGCGGUCGAAUUUGAUGAAGACGAGUUCGAACUGUCACUUUUAAUAUGACAGAGCGGGUGUUGUAAUUAUUUCGUCUUUAAUUAAUUACGUGUAUAUAUGUUUAAGAAAACACUUGCAAUAACUCAAUAAUAAGACUCCAUGUUU